AUGCAUAAAGCUUACCAGCCACUCAAACCUGCUGCUAAUAAAUACCUGCAGAAGAAAUGGGACCAGGACCACUAUGAUGAGCAUCGGAAGAAGGUGACUGAAGCCAAGCCCAUAGUAGACACCAAAGGCAUCCGAACGCCAACCCACAUUCAAGCGAAGCUAAAGAAAGCACAGGUUCAAGAAGAGAGGCAAGCCGUCAUCGACAGAGAUAACCAACUGCUAGCGUCCAAAAUAGCUGAUAUUCAGCUUUCUAAAGGACGUAUAGACCACAGGAACUUCUAUCCUGCGCGUAGUCUGAACUCUGAGAGCAGGAGGAUCAAGCUCCUGGAGGUGGCUCAUGAGAAUCAAGCGAUCUAUGAGAGGAUCACAGCACAGGAAUCUGAAUACAGACGGGAGCUGUGGCAGGACGACUGGGUGAGGAUAGAACAAAGGCGAGAAGGUAUCACACGCUAUCCACAUGGAGUGGCUCAUAAACAGAAGAUAACAAAGAAGAAAAGUGUCAAGUUCUUUGGAGGAACUUCGGGUCAGACGUUGUGCUCAUCCAGCAGAACGCAAGACGGCGAAACCACAGACGAAGACCUCCGACAUCAAUAA